AUAAUGCAGAUUCAUCUUCAAAUAUAUCUAGAAUAAAUAAAAAGAAAAGAAAAAAUUAUAGUUUUACUAAUGAUUAUUUUGAAAAAGCUUUUGAUCCUACAACUGGUGAAGAAUUGCGCAUUUGUAACAUUUUGGAUAAAAAUGGGAGGUGUUGUAAAAAAACGUAUAAAAGUUUUGGAUAUUCUACUGGAAACUUGAAAAGACAUUUAGAUGAAGUGCAUGGUAUCAAUGAAGUAGAAAUAGUUGGUGAAAGAAAAAAGUCACAAAGAAAAAUAACUGAUUAUUCACAAGUAACUCAUAACCAUCCUCCAUAUAUUCAGAAAAAAAAAGAAGAGGCACUGCUUAAAUGGAUAUUGAAAACCAACCAACCUUUGUCUAUUGUUACUAAUGAAGCAUAUAUAGAAAAAAUGAAAGUUUUUGAUCCAGCAUUUUCUGUACCAGGUGCAAAAAAAUUAAGAACUAUGAUUGGAAAAA